AUGGAUUCUAUCGGAAAUACGACUACUAAUAGCAACGAGUCAGCUGUAGAACCUAGUAUACCUGCGGUUGAGAUAACCGGAGAGAUUCUUUAUUUCGUAAUAUGUCUAAGUUUCGUAGCAGUGUGCGUUGUUGGGGGAAACUCGCUGGUCCUCUUUGCUGUAUUCAUUAACAAGAAUUUACGGUCAGUAGAACAUUAUUUCAUUGUAUCGCUAUCUGUAGCUGAUAUAUUGGUAGGUUUAUCGUAUCCAUACGUGGCAGUUCCUGUGAUAAACCCAUAUCUGUUCAGCCAGUUUUAUCAGUGUCUACUAUCGUUCACGUUUUUUCCCAUCUUAGUAAACGCUUCGAUAUAUCAACUGUUGACGAUUAGCAUCGAUCGUUAUUUCUCGAUAACCCGCCCAUUUUGGCACAAUCGGUACAUGACUCCAUUUGCGUACAAGCUUUGUAUUUUCGUUGUAUGGAUUGUUGCAGUGUCUCAGGGACUGUGUCUUUAUAUUUGGCUCGGCGAGGAGAAGUACUAUUUUGGAUACUGUUCGGUCCCCAUGGUGUGGCAAAAACAAAGUCUGAAUAUGUUGCUCUACCUUUGGAUGAGCUGGGCUGUACCAACCAGUCUCGUCGUUCUCGUGCAUGGUUUGGUGUUUUGUGUUGCUUACCGUCAGACCAAGCGCAUCGAUCCCACCAUGGGAACCUAUGAAAUGUCUCCGACGGGACGUAUAGACACUGAGGCGACACCCAGUGAGGCGGACAUUGUCUCUCAGCUUGAAACCACAUUGAAGUCAAGUACGGCAGAAGGAUUGAUGCCGACCAGAGACACACCUGUUCCGACAAUCACAAUACAAGAAGCUUCGGAAGAAGAAAGCAGCACUUCCACGCUAUCCAUGAUAACACUCGCGCAAUUAACAACGUCAUCUUCUAGCAACUCAACUCAAAGAGAACCAGACACAGUUACUGUUCCUGCUGAAUCAGUAGCCGAUCAUUCGAAUCCAGUGCCUAUCCAACGUCCGAGAGGGAAAGGGAAUAAAUCGAAUGACUCUGUUUCACAAAAAAAGAGAAUCAUGAAAGCGGUAGUCACAUUGGGUAUUAUAGUCGGCAUGUUUCUUCUCUGUUGGUUGCCGUAUCAGAUUAUUACAGCCGUGACAGUUCUCUGUCGGAAAAGUCAGUGUGAGGUGAGCCGUAUUUUACGCAACUAUCUGGCGAUGUUGGUGAACGCCAACUCCGGUAUUAAUCCUAUUAUCUAUGCUUAUCGAAUCAAAGAAUUUCGGCGGACUUUUAAAUCGAUGUUUCGCGCCGUAUUCUGUCGCCAGAGACACCGUUGA